GUUAUAAAACUGCAGUAUUACACUGAUCUGUCAAUGUUUACAAUAGAGUUCAAGUGCAUGUAAAAUCUAGUGUAUACAUAGCUUCAGUUUUACUUUCAGUAUUGAUUAACAAUAAAUAGUAGAUGCACAUAUUAGCUGAAGCAUGUUAGUUGAUCAAGGCACAUUAAUUCGAAGUAACUGUAGUAUAAAUAUCAGCAUGACAGAUAUAGAUUCAGUCAAACACUUUGAUAUCCAUGAAUGUCAACUGCUUUUUGUGGAAAGCCCUUCAGAAGAUAACUUCUGCUCGCAAUGUAAGAAGAUACUUAAAGAACCGAUGCUAAUAGAAUGUUGUGGAGCACACCUUUGUAAAGUAUGUGCAGAGCCAAAUAUUCAAAAUAACAAGCUCUUGACAUGUCCUGCAUGUGAGCAGACAUCUGUAGCAUGCAUUCUUGAUAGACCGAAAUGGAAAAAAAUUCUUGACCUCAAAGUGAUAUGCCCAAUGCAUGUGAAGGGGUGCCAGUGGACGGGAGAUAUCAAAAAUUGCCACGAUCACCUGAUUGGUGAUUGUGUGCACACACACGUUGAGUGCGGUGAAGAAAGGGUGGACAAUAACAUUGCCGAGAAAUGCCAGCUCUGUGGUGAAUACGAUGGUUGGCAUAACUGUAUGUGCCCCAAUCGCAAUGUUGCUUGCCCCAAUGGCUGUGGAGAGUGCUUCAAAUUUGAAUAUUUUGAUGAACAUAUGAGCAUAUGCUCUGAAUAUAUUACUCGGUGUGAAUUUAAAUAUGCUGGAUGUGAUGUGGUUCUGAAACGAAAGCAAAUACUCGACCAUCGCCAAAAGAGUAUUCAAAAACACGCUCAUCUUGUUUCGAGAUUCAUACAGGAGAAACGAAUGCUGAGUCGUUUUAAGUUCGAGGACUAUGAAAAAAUUAGUGACACAAAAUUUAUGCAGCAGCUGAAAGCAACACAGGAUACAGGAGAUAAUAAAAUGAUAAAGAAAAAUCCUGAACAAAUCAAAAGCAUUGACUUUUAUAAAGAAGAGAUUAGCGACACAAUUAACAAAACAGAAGACAUGCUAAACAUAUUUUUUCAAUACAGAGAAGAUACAGUAAAAAAAACAUUUGCAAAAUUUCCUGGUCUGUUUUGGGAGCUUGAUCCCGACACCGUUCAACUCGAUUCAAAACUAGUGUCAGGUCAAUUCAAUGAGAUAUGGAAAGGACAACAGUACGGAAAAUAUCAAAUUGCUAUUAAAAUGCACAAAGUAGGAUCAAUGACUUCAUCCAAAUUUCUUGGGGAAGCUUCUUUGCUAAGAGAUUUUGAUCACAUAAAUAUUAUCCAAUUAUGUGGAGUAUGCACAAAGAAAGAACCUUAUCUGAUCGUCACUGAGUACAUGAUGCAUGGAAAUCUCGCUAACUACCUCAAAAGCAAUGGCAAAGCUUUAACUCAAAAACGACAGGUUGACAUUAUUCUACAAGUGGCCACUGGAAUGUCUUAUCUUGAGAGAUUGAAUUGCAUACACAGGGGGAUCACAUCUCGUGCUGUUUUAGUUUCAAACACACUACAGUUCAAAAUAGGAAGCUUCUCAUUAACAAAAAUAUUGAAGCAAGGUGAAUCGGAAUAUAGAGUCCCACAAGGAGAGAGAUCACCUGUCAAAUGGUCUGCACCUGAAGUUCUUAUCGAGAGUAAAUGUACCACCAAAUCAGAUGUAUGGUCGUUUGGAAUUGUGCAAUACGAAAUCAUCACAAAAAAAGUUGUGAAAAUGUCGAAUUCAAAAGCAGAAACAUUCAUCACGAGAGGACAAGCAAUUGACCGUCCUCCGGAAUGUCCUGAACACAUACACCAAGUUAUUCUUCAAUGCAUGAGCAGAGAUCCCACUUCUAGACCUUCAUUCAGUGCACUCUCUGAUAUCAUACAAAGCUCUAUGCAAAAACUGACUGAACAACAGGUACAAGCGUAGAUCUAUAGCCUUGGAAGAUUUUGCUCAACUUUUAGUUACAUCUAUUCACCUUUUUUAUCCAUCUAUUUAUAAUUGCUUUUUCAUUAAUAAUAUUCUGAAAAUUAUACACAAAUGUAUCUAAGUUGAUCUAAGUUUAUGUUAUUCAGCAGUGAG